UAUUUGGCGCGCAAAAACAGCGUGCAGGUAAGCAGCCACCAAUAGCAGCAGGCGGGACGCCGUCAGGGUACGUCUAUUGGUCAACGCCCAAGCCCCGCCCACCUGUUCCCACCGGGUUUACCCGCCUUUUGUCAUGCAGAUGUCGGACCGCGCUCAUUUGUUUGGGUUCUCCGUGGCAACCCGACCCCGCGGUCGGCAAGGCGACCCGGGCCGCCAGGAGGGCAACUCGAUAUCGGCGGGGGCAGCCUGGCUACACGCGAGCUGUCGGAAGCGGGCACCGGUCGGUACGACCCCGCGAAACACGAACAUGGAGACCACGUCCACGGACGCCAAGCAGUACCUCUCCAAGAAGGAGAUUCCGCAACUGUUUGAGUCGAUCCUGACAGGGUUGAUGUACAACAGACCUGAGGAUCACAUCAGCUACAUCGAGGACUGUCUACAACAGGCCAAACAGUCGGAUAUACAGAACCUCAGAUGGGACAGUUUUGUACGGGACAAGGCUCUGCCUCCAAUCCCAUCGUACGAUGGCACACGGUCAACCACUUUUCCUACAGAGCCAAAUAUGCAAGAGAUGCACAAAAACCAGGUGUUACCACCCAUACCCACAGCACCACCCCCACAACGACCAGCUAAUGUCAUCAUUGUACUCGGUGGGCCGGGUAGUGGGAAGGGCACCCAGUGUAAGCAGAUUGAGGCGAGGUAUGACUACCCGCACCUGUCCAUGGGAGAGAUCCUCAGGACCAAGAUCAUGGAGAAGGGACAGCCGCAGGAGAAGUGGGGAAUCAUCACAGACACAAUACAGAAGGGGGAGCUGGCACCAACAGCAGACACUGAGCAACUCGAGGACUUGCUACUGAAAGUUGAUAUUGAAUAUUCCUUGGAGUUACUGAGGGAAAAGCUGUUUGAGUGCAAAGACAAGCCUGGAGUAGUGAUCGAGGGAUUCCCCAGGACUGUGGACCACAUGCACAUGUUUCACUCCAUGUACGGUCCUGCAUCAUUAGUAAUCUAUCUGGACUGUGAUGAGGGUCGUUUGGAGACCCGGCUGCUGAAACGUGCAGAGGAGAGGAAACGUCUGGACGACAACAUCGGCGCCGUCAUGAGGAGACUCAACUUCUUCAAGGAAAACAACCCUCCCAUUCUUACAUACUACGGGGCUAUCGGUGUGCUAAGAAAGAUUGAAGGGGACAGAGACUCAGAUGCAGUUUUCUAUGACGUCGCAGCGACCAUCGACAGGGAACUCUUCAGGCCACGAACAGGAGAGGGCAGCAGGGAGCCAGGUUCUCCAUUGAAGGUCACCUCCCCUCUUCCACCUAUCAGAAGAUCACCCACCCCUCCUCAGGAGCCGAAACCAGUCACCACCCCUCCUGUCGUGAAGCAGCAAGAACCUCUCCCAGCUAUCUCAGCAGACAUGGCCGCAACCUUGUCAGAAAUGCUUGAUGAACACCUGACGCCAUCAGAGGUGAUAGAUGAACCUCUGGUGGAAAAAGUAAAUGUGGAAGAAGUCGGUCCCGGCGCCGUCCCGCCUGCCAGUCUAGUGUACGGUUAUGACCCAGACAAACUGAAGGACAAGAAAGUAAUCUUUGUUGUGGGCGGUCCUGGCUGUGGGAAAGGUACGCAGUGUGAGCGGAUCGUGGCCAAGUACGGCUACACCCACCUGUCCUCAGGUGACCUCCUGAGGGACGAGGUCAAGUCAGGGUCAGAACGGGGCAAGAAACUGACGGAGAUCAUGGAGCAGGGGAAGCUGGUGCCCAUGGAAACUGUGCUGGAGUUGUUGAGGGAUGCCAUGAUUGCCAAGGCUGACACGUCCAAUGGCUUCCUGAUCGACGGCUAUCCCAGAGAAGUCAUCCAAGGAACAGAGUUUGAAUCCAACAUCAAGGAGUGUGACUGUGUCCUGUACUUUGAGUGUUCGGCUGAAACGAUGACUGAACGUCUCCUUGGACGUGCAAAGACCAGCGGCAGGGUGGACGAUAACGAGGAGACCAUCAAGAAGCGGCUGGACACCUUCUACUCGGCCACGGAACCUGUGGUCAGCCACUACGAAGAAAAGGGAAAACUGAGAAAGAUCAAUGCAGAACGUGAAGUGGAGGCCAUCUUUGCUGAUGUCUGUGCUGCUCUAGACGGGAAAGAAGAAGUCAUAGAAGCUGAAGGAGGCAAAGAAGAUGCUCUGCAGGGGAAGAAGGUUAUCUUUGUUGUGGGCGGUCCUGGCUGUGGGAAAGGUACGCAGUGUGAGCGGAUCGUGGCCAAGUACGGCUACACCCACCUGUCCUCAGGUGACCUCCUGAGGGACGAGGUCAAGUCAGGGUCAGAACGGGGCAAGAAACUGACGGAGAUCAUGGAGAAAGGAGAGCUGGUACCCAUGUCUGUAGUGCUGGACCUGCUGAAGGAAGUCAUGCUGAAGAAGGCGGGGGAGUCUCAGGGCUUCCUGAUCGACGGCUACCCCCGGGAGGUGCAGCAGGGCGUGGAGUUUGAGGAAAAGAUUGCGUCAUGCGACUGUGUUCUGUACUUUGAAUGUUCGGAUGAAACGAUGACGGAACGUCUACUUGGACGUGCCAAGACCAGCGGCAGGGUUGACGACAAUGAAGAGACAAUCAAGAAACGACUCACGACCUUCCACAAUGCAACAGAACCAGUUGUAGAUUACUAUGAUGACAAGAAGAAGCUUGCAAAGAUAAGUGCAGAGAGACCACCAGAUGAAGUCUUUACAGAUGUCUGCAAAGUUCUAGAUGGUAAAGAGGGACCAAAGUUCAAGGGUUCAAAGGUGAUCUUGGUGUGUGGUGGCCCGGGGAGCGGGAAGGGAACCCAGUGCCAGCGGGUUGCCGUCAAGUACGGGCUGACUCACCUGGCCAUGCACGACCUCAUCCACACCGAGGUCCAGUCAGGGUCGGAGAGGGGGCAGCUUCUGGCUGAGGCCAUCAAGAAGGGAGAACUACAGGCUGUGUAUGCUACCACAGUGCAUGAGCUGCUGAGUGAAGCUAUAGGAAAGUUUGAUGGCAAGACGCAGGGUUUCAUCAUCGAUGGUUACCUUGGCAGUGCAGAGGAGGUGGCAGACUUUGAAAACAAGGUAGCAGAGCUGUCCUGUGCCCUGUGUUUUGAGUGUUCUGAUGAUGUCAUGGUCCAGAGGUCGCUGAAGAGAGGUGAGGGCAGUGGCAGCCCUGAGGAUGAAGAGGAGGCUGUGAAACGCAGAGUGGAGAAGUUCCACAGCAUGGAGGAGCCAGUUCUGCAGGCACUGGAAGGGAGGGGCAAGGCAAGGAAGAUUGCUGCAGGGAGCAGUGAGGAUGAGGUGUUUGCAGAGGUGUGCACAGUCCUGCAGGGGGAGGGGGUAGAGCCUGUCAGUUCACUCCAGGGGGCUGCAGACACAGGGGCUACCCAGGAGGGGGCAGGGGAGGACAAGAAAACACCUGUCUUCACCUUCAUCAAUGGUGGACCAGGAACAGGGAAGAAGGCCAUUGCUGAAACCCUCGCGUAUGAGACUGGAAGAGGCUACAUUUCUGUGGGGGACGUUCUGAGAGCGGAGAUGGAAUCUGAGCCUGAGGUGGCAGAGGCUAUCAAUGCUGGUACAUCUGUGACAUGGAAGACUGUGAUAAACCUUGUGAAGAAGCAGAUCCAGUCCAGAGAGGACUGUUCUGCAGGCUGUGUGGUGGGGGGGUUACCCAGGACAGCAGAACAGUAUGACGGCUUCAUCAGAGAGAUUGGACCAGUGGAUGCUGUAGUUUUCCUGAUGGCCCCAGAGGAAGUUCUGAAGGAGAAUCUGGAGGGGAAACCUGAGGAGAUGCGCCGUCCUGAUGAUAUGGAGGAGGUGCUGAAGGUUCGCCUACAGACAUAUGGAGAGGAGUCAGGAAAGGUGUUGGGUUACCUGAAGGAACAUGGACAGGCUUCAGAGGUAUCAUGGGAAGCGACCAUGGAGGCUGUUCUACAGAAUGUACGAGACGUGUACAACAAGCAGACCGGGAAAACACAAGACUCGUAAGUCUCAGAGACAUCAGCAGCAUUCAAGAUCACAGGCAUUCCUAGCAGUAACUUAGUCAAUGUCUGAACCCCAUCUGUGUGUUACUACAUGAACAUUUUAUGAAUUUGUAACAACCCCUCGUGGCAGCUGCAACACAUAUAAACACAGUAAAAAGACAUUCCAAGUAAAAGUUAAAAAGAGGAAAGUCAGGGAACAGUUCAAACUAUAAUUAUGUAUCAGAAUCCUUUUAUCAUUUUCAAAAUUCUGAACCAUCACUUACUUUUAUAUGGGAGGCUCAUAUAUGCAGAUUGUUGUUAUUCUUUUGUCCAUAGAACUGAGAACAAUGCAGCUGUCAAAUGUACAUUGACUGUGUCUUCCAGAAUAUCCAAGUCAGAAAUAUAUCUAAGACACUUUGCUUGUAUUUUAGGGAUUUGGAUCAGAUGAGGCUUUUAAUUUUAAUAAGAACAAUCACAUGUAGUCAUGAAUAUUGUCCUAUCAGAUCAACUAAUGUAAGAUUAUCUAGAAAUGGAAAUCCUGGAUUUUAUGAUAUUUUGACUGGAUGCUAAAUUUGUAGAGUUUUAUUUAUUUUUUCAGACAUUGUCAAGCUUGAAAUAGAACAAAAUCUAAAACUAUUCAAAACAAAUUUAUCAAAAUCAGGGGAACUUUCCAUUUCCAUUGAAAAAUUUCUUCUUUAAAAAAUCAAUGAAAUUUGUGCCAUGUGAGAUUAUGAGGUGGUAAAAGAAUCUGAUUUUGUGCAAUUUUUGUGAGAUUUGCCAGAUAUUAGGAAAACUAACUUUGUACAGAGAUAUCAUAGUGAUGGUCCAGACAGUGCUCUGAAACAUGGGACAUACAUGCCAAAAAUGGGAAUUCUUCUGCUUUUCAUAAGUUAAGAAUUCAUAAAAUUUGCGAGAACGUAUUAUUGUAUGGUUGUGGAUGCAGUUAUAUGCAUUAAUUUUACGUUUGAGUUGUCAACACAACAUUAAACAGCAAGCAAGAUAUUUUCAGCCAAGAAACACCAUGUUGUCUAUAUAAGCAGUGUGUCUUCCAUGUAACAAUCACAUGGUUAUCCAAAGAGCUUAAGCUUUUAAUAUCUUUCAAUAUAAUCACAUCAGGAAGUUUUAGAACACUGUACAUAUGUGGUUGUGUAUAUAUGAGGUGUGUGGAUUCAGAGUUUUUAUCUUCUGUAAGAAGGAAAACUAUUUUACGAGAUAUUAUACCAGAGAUAUCAGAGAUAAUUUGUAGAAUUCUAGGUGUGGAUUUUUUUCAAGUUAGGUAGGAGUAAAUAUAGGUUAUACUAUGCAAGAUUUCCUUAUCUACCAUGCAAUGGAUUGUAGUGUUUUGAAGUGAC